AUGACUGAUUCAAGUAUUGUUAAUAUUGAUAAUGCAAUUUUGGAUGUUGCUGAUUCUUCCGAACAAACAAUCGAGGAACAAACCAUCGUAUAUGUUAAUAAUUCUAACAGAUAUGAUAAACAAAAAAGAAGACUUGAAAAAAAUAUCACGGCAGAAGACAGAAAAAAAAUCAGAGUUGAAGAAGAGAAAGGAAGACGAAAUAAAAUUAAUGUGGAUUUUAUUAAUCUCGAAGAACUGCUCCCGGAAACAAACCAAAAAAUGCAUAAAUCUACUAUAUUGAAAAAAAGAUGGUGGUUAUUUUUCAUAUUAUAA